CUCGAGCCCCUUGCCCCGUUCCGUGUGGAGCAGGCCCGCCCCAGUGUCUGUCCGUGUGCCACCCGUGUGGGUAGUGUGUUCAGUGUUGUUGUGACAGCCACGAGUGUGUUGUGGUGACGGACUGCUUCGCCCAGCGAGUGACAGUGAAAGAUGCCGACAUUCAAAUUUCUCUCCCUUGGGUGCCUGGUGGUGGUCAUGGUGGUGGCUGUGCCGGGCGUCACCGCGGAGGGACCCGUCAUCAACCCCUCUGACAACGAUGUGUACCCCACCUCCGUCCCGCCUUCGCCCCAUCCGGAAUUCUCGAAGGCCCGGGCACUGAACGUGAGCCAGACCACCGACCUGCGAGAGUUCAUCAUGAGGUUCGUGCAGGACGAGAGGAUCUGCUCCAACCCCACGCUGCGAGACCUCAUCCUGGGCGAGGAUGGGGAGGACAAGCGGGCCCAGGUGUGGUGGAACCGGCGAUGCGGGGGUGGUCGAAGGGGGGGAGCUCCGAGAUUUCCUUCAGCCCAGUCACCAGAAAGUACGUUGAUCAGAUAUCGUCGCAAAAGUACAAACCGUGACAAUCCUCAGAACUCGCUGGACCGCUCUCGGAAAGACAAAAAAAAGUGGCAAAAGGUUGAGAAGUUGAUGAGGGACAAACGAGUCUUUUGCAACCCCAAGAAGAAGGCCGUGCCGCUCCCCAAUCCCGACCACUCCACCACCAAGCUGCAGCCCGAGUGUGUGUAUAUCAAGCAGUGCGGCGGCUGCUGCGGCUCGCCGGAGCUCGAGUGUUUGCCCACCGAGACGAAGACCAGGACCUUCCCCACGAUGGUACUGACGCCGGUGCGGGAGAGAUACAAUUUUCCUGCGAGUCCGAUCAGGAUGGUCAAGGUUGUGGAGCAUAAGAAGUGUAGCUGCCAGUGCAAGGUAAGGGCCGAGCACUGCACGCCCAGCCAGGUGUACAAUGAAGGCGGUUGUCAGUGCCAGUGCCCGUCACACCUGAGCCGGGCCUGCCCCGCGAGGAAGAGUUGGAACGACAAAACCUGCCGCUGCGAGUGUACCAGACCGCGGGAAUGUACCACCGGACGCUACUUCGACGUCAACACAUGCAGGUGCGCCAGCCCGCACCCGGUAUGGUAUACGUAAUGUGACUGGGCGCGACUCGUUGGAUGAAAAAACGCGGCGAUUUGUUGCUCGGCGUGGAUUUCUCCUCUUUCUGCUCCUCCACCUUCUUAUUUUCCAUCUUAUUCUUCUUUUCCUUGUCCUCCUCCUCCCCCUCCUCCUCCUCCUCCUUUUAAACCGAAAGAGACGGCCAGCGAGCAGGAUUGAAAAAGGAGAAGGAAGUUUGAGAGCGGUCCACUCGUGUGUCCUGGAGCGGACUAACGUUGUAUUGCCUGACGUGUUGGUGCUGCUGUUGCUGCUUCUUGUUGGUCGCCCUGUCUCCGCUCUCCUGGUCCUCGCCGGCCUCCCAGCACCUCUGACUCAGAUAGGUCUCAGCGCCGAUGUGGAUAAGAAUUGGCCACAGAGGGUAACACAACUAUUAGACAUUCCAAGCAUUUGAUACCAGGCUCCCUCCCUCCCCCUCAAGUGUGUGGUGGCUUAUUGGUCGAGGCUGGUCCGAGGGUUGGGUUCCCAAGCCGAUGCUGGGUGCCUUCAUAUAAGAGAUAACGCUUGAUACCAACUCAAGCAGGACUGAGUAACCUUAGUUGAUCAGCCGGAGUGAAAGCCUUGUCCUCCCUCUCUACAGUUAUCGUCGGUCACAAGGACAACUGGCCUAUAUAAUGUCACUUUAUAUUUUGAGCUAGCGUGAGUGUCUGUUUGGCUUUGUUCAGGAAAAAGGAACAAAGUACGUAAUGGGACGCCCUGAAAAGGGAAGGAAUUUUGUUCCUAUAGUCAUUCGAUGAAUAAGCUUGAGCUUGGUCCAAGGCCUCCUGUGUGUGUGUGUGUGUGUGUGUGUGUGUGUGUGUGCCCCACCCCGCGCUACCCUUCUUCGUGGUUCCUGACCCCUUCACGCACCUUUGCUACUCUUCUCCUCGCCUUGUGCUUGUCGCCCCUACUUCACCCUGCUCCUCACUCACCCCCUGUACCCUCCCUGUCUGUGGUUGCCGCACACUCGUCCUGAGACAGACGCAGUGCGGUGUGUCCCACCAGGGUUGCUGGCUGCCCUGGGGCUUGCUGCUCACCUCGUGUCGUUGUCCCCUUUGCAGAUGUCUGAAGUCUUGAAUCGCAUUCCAGACCGGAUUGCUGGUGAGCCUGACCAUCCCCCCCACAGCCCUGGCCCCGGCUCUGUGCCGCCAGGACCGCCAAAGGUUGUGGCGAGGCCGUGCCGGGGCCAGAGUACCGACCGCUAGACCGUUGUGUUAGGAAGGCUCCUGGCCGAGGCUCAUUCUCCCUGUAGACCACUUAACCACAUAAUCUCUCGUGCCCACAUGCACUCAUAGUAUAGCCACACUUCACUAUACAGGAGUAUUCAUUAAAGGUUAUCUUGGUAUCAUGUAUUGCAGUAUCAUAUUCCUCAUAUCUGUGAUUCAUUAGGUUUUAGCUAAUGUUAAUUUAUAAACCCGCCUGGCGGGAUGACUUGUAAAGUACAUUACUUACCUGAGACGCUGGAGGCCUGCGCGGCGGCCGUCCGGCGGCGCCUGGCGGUGGGCGUGAGGUCCGGCACGCCGCCGCUGUUAUUUAUUGUGUGUGUGUGUGUGUGUGUGUGUGUGUGUGUGUGUGUGUGUGUGUUUCUACUGUAGUAAGAUACUUAGUACCAUUGUUUAUUGUUAAAACCAAUGUAGCAUUAAGUAUUUAACUGUAUUUAUUUGGUAUUAUUUGUAUUCUCAUGUAAAACUAUGCUGGUGUGUGUGUGUGUGUGUGUGUGUGUGUGUGCGCGCGUGUGUGUGUGCGUGCGUGCGUGUGUGCGUGCGCGCGCGCCCGCCCGCCCGUCACGAGGGGACGUGGGUUCCUGCUAGUCACUAGAGUACAUUCUCACGGCACUGGUAUAGAGAAGGCAUUUGGUUUGGAACAAUAAAGAUUAAAGACAAGA